CCCUCGCCCAGGGAUCAGGGCCGAGGGUGCGCCUGGCAGGUGGGAGGCGGGGCCCCAACGAGGGUCGCGUAGAGGUGUUCUAUAACGGGGCGUGGGGGACGGUGUGUGAUGACGAGGUGGAUAUUAACCUGGCCAACGUGGUGUGUCGAGAGCUGGGCUUCUCACGCAGUCUCACCUGGGCUCACAGCUCUAAGUUUGGGGAAGGACAAGGUCUGAUCUGGUUGGAUAACGUGCACUGCAUGGGGACGGAGCUCUCCCUGUCUGACUGUCACUCCAACGGCUGGGGGAUAAAUGACUGCACCCACUCUGAGGACCUGGGGGUCGUCUGUAGCACCCAGAGGAGGGUCGACUACUCCCCUAACCAGGUAGAGGGCUCCCCCACAUCCCUGGCCGCCCCAGUGGCCUCGGCCCGACCACAGAGGAUCCCCAACCUCUCCACACCGCCACGUCUAUCCACAGUCCAAGACAGGGUGGCCCCUCCUCCUCCUGCUCACAUCACAUCCCCGGGAGAAGGGGUCAUGAGAUCGCCCUCCACCGCAACACCCCAGAGGUCAGGGUCAAAGUUCACCGCAACAGCGUCGGGGUCAUGA